AUGAGCCUAACAGCUGCAGUUUCUGAAGCUCCUGAACCGAAGAAAUUCCGGUUAACAAUUCCGACACAGGUCGUAGUUCAACGACCUGAUUUUGGUUAUUGUAAUGGAAGUCCAGUAGGUGAUGCAGCAAAUGGUGGGCAGUCACCUGCUGCACCUUCAUCAACAUGUUCGUCUAGUCCAAUUGUAGUAUCAACCAAGGAUAUCAAAGACGAAACGAAUACGAAUGAUGUUGAAGACCGUAUUGUCGCCGAUAAUAGUCAAAAUUUUGUUGACGUUUUAUCAACAGCAAUGAUGUUUCAAGCAAAUGCUUUAUUUAAGUCGAAUCUGGUUUUUAUGCAACAACAGCAGCAACAAUCACAAACGGCAAAUGUAAAAAAUAGUCGUGGAUCAAAAGCUACAACUCCAACUGAAAGUAAUAAACCAAAAAAAACAGCGAAUGGAGCUAUAAUACCUGGAGCACUUGCCGCAGCUGCUUCUCCAGCUGCUGCUUUAUUUGGUGAGGAUGACUGGUCAUGGCAUCGCAAUCCUGCUGCUGCAAUUCGAAGUGGUGGCACGAAUAAACAAACCCCAGUUUGGAAAUAUUUCGUUUACAAUAAACUUGAAAAUUUAAGCAGGUGUAUAGUUGGUGAUUGCACAUAUAUGCUAAAAGGACCGCAUACAAGUACAUUAGCUUGUCAUUUAAAGAAGCAUCCCAUUGAAUAUGCUGAAUUUCAAAAACUCAAGUUAGAAUAUACACGUGAUCGCAAUGGUGGACAACUACCAAAUUCACCAGAUUCACAGGCACAAGGCUCAAAUAAUAUUAAUAGUACAAAUCGCACAAAACUAUCAAAUUAUGCUGUCAAAAAUAAUAAAUUAAAUGACACAUCAUCAUCAACAUCAUCGUCAGCAUCAAAUACAUCUGCUGUUAUUAAUCUUUGUAAAAAUUCUCGAACGAAAUCAUCAAACAAUAAUGCCAGUAAUAUAUUCAAUUUAUUAAACGCACGUGCAAAUGCUGCUGCACUUAUCAGUGCUAAUGCACACUUAUCACAAAGCCCAUUCAAUGCAUUAUUUGCAAAUGACAUUGGAAAUGCUGAAAAAAUUGGAAUUAAUCCUUUCUUGAAAAACGUGCCAAAUUUAUUGACGGCAAGUUUAUUGUCGACAAAAAAUAAUACAAACUGUCGAAAAUGGGGGCGAGAAGAUCGUCGACAAAAAGAAAUCGAAACAAAACUUGCAUUAAUGCUCUCAGCAACUCAUCUUCCAACGGCUCUUAUCGAAAAUACUUUUUUUCGCGAAUUCCUUGAAUUUAUACAACCAAAAUUUUGUGUGCCAACCGAUGUUAAUUAUAUAGAAGAGUUAAUUAAUACACAAUAUUCGCGCACACUGAUAAACCUAAAAAAUCAAUUAUCAAUAGCGAAACGAAUAACCAUAAUGAUUGAUGUACUCAAAUUACCUUCACCGUCAACUUCAUUAGCAUCAGCUGACAACCAAGAUGAAGGAGAUAUUGAUAAUCAUUACAGUCAGGAUUCUGAAAUAUCUUUUGGCACAUGUAGUUCUCGUUUAGCGGUUCGAAAUGAUGAUCAGAUAAUUCGGCUUUGUGUAUCAGCUGCAUAUUUCAAUCCCCUCACUCAGUUGCUUGAUGUUGGUUUACUUGGUGUUCGUCCACUUUUAUCUUGCGAAACAUUAUUAAAAUCUGUUAGAAUAACCGUUGAACAGUUAUUAUCAGAUUUUGAUAUUGGCUCAGAAAAAGUAUCACGUUAUUUAAUGAACGGAAUUAACGAAUUAAUCGGUGAUGAGUUUGGUCCUGCAGAAAUAUUUCCAAAUUCACUCGAACCAUAUAAUCGAAAGUUAGCUCAAUCACUAGUAAGCAUAAUUGAUACGAAUGCGGCGAUUGAUGAUCUUAAAAAGAGUUUUUAUAUCGAAACAAUUCUUGAAGUUAAAGAUGCAUUUUUGGCUGUCUGUGCUCAUAUCUCUUCAGAAAAUCCAUUUUUGAUCUCGAAUGAGCAAUGGCAAAUGCUUGAAGGAGUAUCACGUCUUCUCCGACUUUUUCGUACACAUAUGAAUGUUAUACAAGGUGAUAACCAUGCAACUAUUGACGGAGUUUUCCCAUCUUUAAUGCAACUUCAGUUUUCACUUAAAAAGGAUUUCCCUUUACUAAAUGAUUUAACUGAACAAUUGCGAUGUGAUUUACGAACGAGGACAGCUUUUAUGCUUGAUAUUAAUUCUGAAAAUUUCGAUGGUUCGUUUAUACAAGCUACAGCAUUAAAUCCAAAUUUUGUCAACUUAUUAGAUGAUGAGCAACUUGCUUAUUCAAAGAAAGCAAUAAUAUCUGAGGUAUUGCCACUUAUCAUUGUCUUGAAUCAAUCAUGA